AAACGCAAGUAAACAUUGCAGUUUUAGCAACGGCAAAGUAGCUUCUAGUGUGUAGCUUGCAGCAGCCGUUACUCUUGUCCUCGAGGUACUAGAAGUGUGGUGCUCUUGCUGAUUGUCCAGGAUGAAAAAACAGUUUCAGAAGCACCCAGAACAGAGGUUCUAGGAGCAAGACCGACCCCCCUAUGCUCAAUUGAGAAUCUCUGCAAACAUUGGGCGUGCCUUGUCACACGAUUGGUGUUGUCACGUCCAUACAUGAACACGUGCAGUCUCAGUUUUGUGGCAUCCCAAGGUCAGCCUGCUGCAACUCAUGGAGGUUGGAGGUCGGGUGAUGGUUUGCGGAUUACACAGAGGUCCAAACACCCGGUCCACGAUCUCUGACUCCUGUAAUGCCCACCCCCUUCCCUUGAGACCUGAAGGGACAAGUUCCAGCCCUUGGUAUUUGCAGCUCCGAGAAAUGGAGCUCUCCCCAAAGUUUAGCAGUCAGCUCACAAGAGUAAAAUCUGAACCUUCUGAUGCUGCAUUCCUCCCAGAACACCAGUACAACCAGUCUUCAUCAGGAGACGAGAGUUACGGAGCGUCUCGAGGGAUGAUCCAAAUUAAAGAAGAACCUGCAGACGACUGUCCAAAUGAGCAUCCAAUCGUAGAAGUCAAAACUGAGCCUUACAACACUGCAAUUUUGGAGGAACGGGACCAGGUGGGACACUGCUAUGACUCAAAGUCAGAAGGAGCAAAAGAAAGCAGUGGUAGGCUCCAUAUUAAGGCCGAACCCAGAGACACUUGCAAUCAAGAAUCUUCAGGUUACACCUCUUCAAAUGUACAGUUUGAGAUCAGCACAACAACAGUUGAACUACAAUUGGAAAGCACUGCACUAAUCACUACUGACGAUCGACCCAGUGAGCAACCCUUAGUUCAGAGCAAGACCCAAGAGGCAAGCAAAUCAUCGAUGUUUGGCCACGAGAGAGACAGGCUGUAUAAGAGCAGCACUUGUUUGGACACAUGUGUAGACAGUGGCCACUUAGAUGUUCAUCCCCAAACUCACAAAACAAAGACAUUUACCUGCGACACAUGUUCUGCGAAAUUCCGUCAUGCAUCAUCUCUGCGAGUGCAUGCAAAGCGUUGCACAGGAGAAGGGUUGCUCAAGUCCAAGGUAUGUGCACUUGCAUGUGCAUCGAGCGCAUGCAAGUGCAAUCUCAGCCCUGCAGAGUCCAGCCACAGUAUCUGCCUGCAGCUUCACAAGUACACACACAUUGUGAAGAAGCGCUUCAAGUGUGAUCUCUGUCCUGCAGAAUUCAGCCAUAGCACGAGCCUGGCCUGUCACAAGCGAGAACACACAGGCGCGAAGCCAUACAAAUGCAAUCUUUGCCCUGCAGAGUUCAGCAAGAGUGCAAGGCUGCGAGAUCACCAGAGAACACACACGAGUGAGAGGCCAUACAAGUGCGACCUCUGUCCUGCACAGUUCAGGUAUAGCGCAGUCCUGAGGUAUCACAACCGAAAACAUACAGGCGAGAAGCCAUACAAGUGCGAUCUUUGUCCUGCACAGUUCAUCCAUGGCUUGAGCCUGUCAUAUCACAAGCACAAACACACUGGAAAAAAGCCCUACAAGUGUGAUCUCUGUCCCGCAGAGUUCAUUGAGAUCACGAAGCUGCGGUAUCACAUGCGAAAACACACGGGUGAGAAGCCCUACAAGUGCGACCUCUGUCCUGCAGAGUUCACCCACAGCUUUAGCCUGUCGCGCCACAAGCGAAAGCACACAGGUGAGAAGCCCUUCAAGUGCGACCUCUGUGCUGCAGAGUUCAGCUGUGGUGCAAACCUGUCUCGUCACAAGCGGGGACACGUUGGCGAGAAGCCCUACAAGUGUGAUCUCUGCCCUGCAGAGUUCAGCCGCAGCCAAUCCUUGGCAUAUCACAAGCGAGCACACACAGGCGAGAAGCCACACAAGUGCGACCUCUGUCCUGCACAGUUCAGCCAAAGCAAGAGCUUGCGCAAUCACAAGUGGGCACACGAGGGCAAGAAGCCAUAUAAGUGUGACCUCUGUCCUGCAGAGUUCAGUCAUGGCACCAGCCUGCUUUAUCACAAGCGAAAACACACAGACAAGAAGCCCUAUAAGUGUGAUCUCUGUCCUGCAGAGUUCUCCCAUGGCACAAGCCUGUUUAAUCACAAGCAAAAACAUGCAGGCAAGAAGCCCUACAAGUGCAGCCUCUGUCCUGCAGAGUUCUGCCAUGGCACGAGCCUAAGGUAUCACAAGCGAGUACACACAGGCGAGAAGCCCUAUAAGUGCGACCUCUGUCCUGCAGAGUUCACCCAGAGCACGAGCUUGCAGAAUCACAAAUGGGCACACGUGAGCGAUGGUCCCUACAAGUGCGACCUGUGUACUGCGAAGUUCAGCUGUAGAAGCAGCCUGUCACGCCACAAGCAGAUACACACAAGUGAGGAGUCAUACGAGGUCAUUCCUGUUCUGCAAACUUGAGGCAGAUCACGAAGCUGCAGCGUUACUGUAAGCCAGAGAACCAGCAGAGCACAGACCAGUGUCCUCACAAGUGUGCUGUGCCCACGUGGGAUAGUACGUGAAUAAGUGCUGAGGCCACGUACACAUGAAAGAGGGUGUCCAAGUGUCAGUUAUGUUCUGUUGCAUGUCCUGGUGACCUAAAGGACCACAUGGCAAUGCACAGGGAGGAAAGGCUGUACAGAUGCAAUAUGUAUGAACGCGCAUCUUACUUCUGUUGGAUGCUUGUUUUGAAACUCGGAACGCAUGGACAGUGCGAGGUUAAAAAGAGUUGGAUUGGAGCCGGGUUGGGUGGUUAUGGGCGUGUGAAAUAUCAAAUAGGCAUACCCAGUGCAAAGAAACAAGCAGACAUGGAAAGAUCAUCACACAGGCCCAGAACUUCCAGCUAAAGUUUAAUUCCUUUAUUUCUAUGAGCAAAAUUCUUAUUCCCCUUUCAUUAUUCUUGGCACAAACACGUUUUACAUAUUAUAUGUCCUACAGCUGCUCAACUGAUGAAGUAAACAAAUAAAUGAACUUGAAGAAAUGGAAAAUAAUUCUGCAAGAUGUACUAUAACCAAACUCCUGAGAUAUACCUUUUGCGUCACGAGCAUCUGUUGUGGAAUGCAUUACAGUUUGUUAAUGACGUCGCUGGAGUUAUUAUUGACAGGCUCUUUUCUGUGGUACGAGAGAUUAAAACUGCUGACCUCA